GCAACAGCGAGCCAGUGGAUGGGACCGGUUGACAGUUUGGAGUUCCUUUACGGUGAUGUCUUGUUGUUCAUUGUGCCGUGCGGUUGUGCGCUGUGUCAACUUGUCGGAAAAUUCGCAAGGGAGUCGCGCGUUUGCGACAAUCACGACAGUUUACGGUAUCGAGACCGACAACGUAAAACGAGUGUAAUCAACAGGCAGUGUGUGGUGCUGUGGAGCAGGGGAUGAUGAGGGCCGGAGGGAUAAUUCAGGUGGCGACUUGAGGGCAGAAAUGUUGAAAUUUGGCAGCAAGAGUGACGUUACGGUGGUGCAUCGCGCCACUAUUCGACUUCUAGACGACGCCGAAAUUAUCCACUGCGACUUUCAGCCUCAACACAAGGGAAGAUACAUCCUGGAAUAUGUAUGCAAGCAACUUAACAUCAUGGAAACGGAUUACUUUGGACUUCGCUACGUGGAUCACUGUAGGCAAAGACAUUGGUUAGACCUGGCAAAAACGGCAAUCAAACAAGUAAAAGAUAUGGACCCAAUCCUGUUUAGUUUUCGUGUAAAAUUCUACCCACCGGAUCCUCUAAGGCUGAAAGAAGAAAUAUCUAGAUAUCAGGUCUACCAGCAACUCAAAAGGGACCUCCUUCAUGGACGACUCUAUUGCAGUCCAGGUGAAGCAGCGUUGCUGGCGGCAUGCAUCGUGCAAAGCGAAUUGGGCGAUUACGAUCCUGAGAUUCAUGAAGGAAAUUAUAUUUCCGCGCACAAAUUGCUGCUUAAACAAACUGAGGCCAUCGAAGAAAAAGCUAUGGAACUACAUCAAACACAGUUAAAAGGGUUCACGCCAGAGCAAGCGGAAACUCAUUUCCUUAGGUUAGCUUCGCAAUUGGAUACAUACGCCGUUGAUCCACAUUCUGUUAAGGACCAGAAGGGCGUGCAACUUUUUCUUGGUAUUAAUCACUGUGGGAUACUAACGUUUCAAGGAUCGCGUAAAACACAUCAUUUCCGCUGGCCGGAGGUUCAGAAGAUCAACUUCGAAGGAAAAAUGUUUAUUGUGCAUUUAACGAUAAGUGAGGACGUGAGAACGAAGAAAAAGCACACUGUUGGGUUUAAGUGUCCCACGGGGCCUAACUGUCGUCACGUAUGGAGAUGCGCCAUCGAACAAAUGUUAUUUUUCACAUUACCCAGGGCGUCGGACGCGCCGGUUGUAAGCGGAGGAUCGAUAUUUUCGUGGGGUACGAAGUUCAAGUACACUGGAAGAACGGAAAAAGAAGUCCUGGAAGAAAUGAGUCCACUUCAAAAGGACGAGCCAUCUGCACAGCGAUGUCAAACGUCAUGUCUUAGAAGAAAAGCCAGCAGUGUUCCAGCCACUCCGAGUACUCCCAGUCAAGAUCUCGUUGAAAUAAGAUAUUCCAGUCUGCCACGGAGCUGUCAUAGCGCAGGUUUAGAUGGUACUGGAAUGUCGGAAGGCAGUUCAGGAGUUCCGUUCAGUUCGCCUUACUGUCCAGAUAAUACUCUGCCACUCCUGGAAACCGUUUCGGAGGACCAAGAAAUUCAUGCCAGGAGAAACAACGCCGUAGACGAAAAUGAUACGCAUGCGAAUGCUACCCACAACACCACCACCGCCACCACGUCCACCACUACCACCACCUCCAACACCACCACAAAUCGUGCGAAAGUUAGACUGAAAUUUCCAAUCAGCACGCUGAACCGACCACAACUAUUGUACAGUCAAAAGAUAGUGAUAGGCUCGGAGGAAUUAGCUGGCCGUGACGUCGAUAACGUUGUCAGGCAAUACAUAAAUGCCCUCGAAAAGAACCCGAAAGUGGUCAGAUCGACUGCUUUGAUAAUAAAGAGCUCAAAAGUGUCGACGGAAGCGUUGAAAGCUGGUAAAAAGAACGAGACUUACAUAUUUCCUACCAUCGAUUCGGGAACGAUCAUCACAACGGUGGUAGAUGGUUGUUUCAAUCCUAGCAACGGUGAGACAAUCUUGCGCAGGUCCAAGGAGCAGGUAAGCACGCCUGAUCAUCGAGAGAACGAGAUCUUAAGGCACGGCUUGUCUACCACGACGAAAACGGCAAACGGUUGCGUUGCAUCAGUGAGGAUUGACGACAAAGGCAUUAAAAACGGAGUCGAAGCCAUGAAGCAAGGUACAGUUACAGUGACGAGCAAAAGUGUAAUUAUACAACUUCAGUAAGUUGUCUUACAAUGAAAUUUUCCACUUGCCCCAAAACAUAGAAAUAAAAUAAAGCUAUUAGUGCAGAUAGAAAGAUAUUCUGUAUGAAGAACCGCUAAAGAGUGCAAAGUUUGUUAGACAAUAACAGAAAAUAUUAGAAAGCAAUACAGAUAGUCUGUGACGUCCUAAGAAAAUGAAAACUCAUAGCUGAUGUCAGAUGAAAAUUAAUAAAAAGUUAUGGUGCUGGAAACACCGUACAUUGAAUAACACGCAUCUUAAGGGGAUGCUUGAAGAACUUAGCUUGGACUCCACCAAUGUCAAAUUAGCAAUUUAAUUUGAAUGACAGAAAUUAUACACAAGGAUCAGUACUUAAUUAUUUUUAAAGAAAAUUUAUCUAGAUUGAUGUAAACUAUGAAGUGCAGUGACAAAGAAAUCAUAAUCCAUCAAGACAGUGAUCUCCAAUAUAUUUUGAAUUGCAAAAUUUUUGACCUGGGAUACAGCAAGGAUGGUACAAAUUGAACAAGAAAUCAUCAAUAAUUUAACAACAAGUCUUCAAAAGUGGUUAAAGGUGCUACAAAACAAGGGGAAGUCAACAACAUACAACUUGUAUAAUAUAUAAUGACAUGUAAAAUUGUAAACAUAUAUAAAUGGAUAAUAAAAAAUACAAAUAUGCAGUGUUGUUGUAUAAAAUAUAUUCAAAUAAUUUAAUAUUCUCUGUAACUUAAAUCGCCCUUUUUCAGCAAGUAUCAACUUUUCCAAUACUUUCAGUUUAUUACACUGUUGCUCGUCACUAAACAAUGCUUGUUAGUAUUGUUUUGUGAACACAAAAUAUCGCAUGUUAUAUAAUUAGAAAAUCUCGAUUAUCAUUAUGAUGAUUCAGAAUUAAAAUAUGAUACUAGAGAAAAAGAAUAAAUUUUCCUUUUAACUUUUUUUAUCUUUGCAGUCUAGAUUCUCUGAUUUCAGUACAUUUUUAUUCAGCUUCAUUGGACAUAGGACCACAUUAUGGACGAAACAGUAGUAAUCCAAUAAUAUCGAAUGUUAAAAGGAAAAUUAAUUGAUACUUCAUCUUAACAUCUCAUUUCCAACAUAAUUCAUGAAUGCAGAACCGUAUCCCGACUCAGACUUUAAACCUUAUGUAGUUUAUCAGUUGAAGCAUCAGAAUAC